CCUGCUCGGAUACACCUCGGGCGUACAAUCCGUUAAAUAUCCGGUCCUGAUUCGGUGUAGAGAAAAAGUCGUAAAUCUCUUCACUCAUGCUGAUGAGGACAUUUGUUCCACGUAAUGAUUCAUUUCCCUUUAUUUUCUUUUUCUUCUUAUUUCUUGCUAGUGAUUCAGCAUGUGAAACGACAUAAGCUUACAAAACUAACAAGUGAUGCACCGAAAUGAACAGAUGACUCAUGUGUCACCCAAAGUUACAUCUGAACUAUGAUAGAUAGAUAGAUAGAUAGAUAGAUAAAUCGAUCGAUCGAUCGAUAGCACCAAGGCGCUGAUUUAAGCACUGAAACAAGCUCCCGUGCUUUGGGGGUUUCUUCCGGGUACUCCGGUUUCCUCAUCCAAUCCAAAGACAGCCGUAGUAGUCUGAUUGGCAUUUCCAAAUUGUCCGUAGUGUGUGAAUGGGUGUGUGCGAUCGUGCUCUGGGAUGAACUGGCACCCCGUCCAGAGCGCUCCCCCCGACUUGUGCUCCAAGUCCCAGUCCCCUGGGAUAGGCUACUGCUUCCCCGCGACCCUGUGUAGGAUAAGCGGUACAGAAAAUGGAUGGAUGGAUGUUUUUUUUUAUUAAAAACCCCACACAAACGAAGGAACGAGUCAACACUGGGUGGUAAAGUUCAACAAAGUUACUAAAAAUGGUUUUAAAAAGCGCAUGGCCAUAAUCCGAGCACUUUGGGUGAGCCGUAAUUGUAUACAGCGGACGGGCACAUACAUUCGUUCAUUCAUUUGCUUGGGUUUCAACUCCAAACCUUCCCAACCUUCAGUCUCAUAAAAGGUACAUUCAUUAUGAGCACAAGACAAGUCAUCAAAAGAAUUUCACAGAAAUGAUAAACAUGUUCAAAAAGACACAUUUUUUUUUUUUAUCAUCACAAGAGUCAUAAAACAAGUCUACAACACCAAUUAUGACUUCACAGGCCCAUUACCAAACCACUUUUUGACCUUCAGUGAUUCAUCACUCAGGGUAAUCAAGGUAAGUGAUGGUUCCAGGUGGACCUGGCGAAAGGUACGAUCAGCAAGAGUCACUGGAAAUGGGGUUAAUGAAAGCAAUUAUUUCAUACACUUUUAAAAUGUUUAUAUUCCCCUAGUGAGUUUUUAGGAAUAAUAGAAAUGAUUGAUCUUACUUAAAACGGGAAGAAAAGGAAGGAAAGAAAACAAGAUGAUGAAAGUUUCCUAUGACAUCAUGGAGUUUCCGGCAUCCUUCAGUGGUGGAUGCCUACUUAUACCUCGAACCGUUAGAUGGCCAGUAUAGCUGACUGAAACUGUGAAACAAGUGGAGCUAAGCUAAUAUGUACUUCUAUCUCGGUUUGUACCUCGCUCUGAGCACUUUGGGAAGAUCCGUGCUUCCAGCGCCGUUAAAGGACAUGGGGGUCAUGAGAAGCCCUGAAUUUCAGGACGCUGCCGAGAGCACUCUCAGCUUGAUCACGAAGAUACUUGGUGAAAUUCCUGCCGUGCACAAAUCACUGAUCCACACUACGACGCUGUCUCUAGACGAGAGCGAUUUGAGCACGCUGCAGUACCUCAAGGAGUUCCUGGAUUUACCAGAACCAAGUCCUCUUCAGCCCCUCUCUAACAAGUUUAAACUGGACGUUUCCUUGGGCCAGAUAGACGAGGGUCUGAAGUUGCAAGAGACCCUGCUGAAGGUGAUCGGCGAGCUGGCGCACUUUAAAUUCAAGAAGCCGAAGCCGGAGGGACUCCUGUACGACCUGCGAGACGCACUGCUGCACGUCCACAGGAUGCAGCAUUUGAUUAAGGCGGUAAAAGGAGACGAGAAGGUAUCCGAAAGCCGGCUGAAAGAGGAUUUGGAGCCGAAACUAGAAAAGGAAUACACGUCCCAGGUGGCAGCGCAUCUGGCCCUGAUCCGGCUGAGACAUUUCGCCAAGGACGUCAGCCGCAGUCUCCAGAGCAUGCUCAUCUCUCCGGAAGAACAGGGGACUCAAGAUUCAUAAACAAAUCUGUGGAACCUUAAUAACAAACUCUGCAACGAAAACGUUCUGAUGUGCAUUACUACUGGCGAACACGUUUUAUAGUGUAUGGUUUGUUUACAUGAGUUGUCAGUAUCUGCGAGCGCACCGACUUAAAUAAUAUGAGUAUUUAUGUAUGUAUUUAUUUAUUUAUUUAUUAUUUAGACCACGCCCCUAUCAGAGUGAGAUCAUGGGCAUUUGAUUAACUUGCUGGUUUUCCUUAGCAACUUUGGUGACUUGUCAUGUGAUGAUGAUGAUGAUUUAAUCACCUCAUGACCUCCACAGGCUGUUUAUGAUCUACAUUAGGUCAUUUUUUU